AUGGCUGAGAAUGCGGGGAAGCUGGUCCAGGUUCCAGGGUGUCCAGGGGAGAGGAAUUCACCGUUGAAGUACGGGCUGGAGGGCAGGCCGAGGAGAUGUGUCCUUCAGGAAAGUCCAGACGCACAGCUUGCACCCAGCUGUGGGUCUAUAGAAUGGAAGAUAUUUUUACAAGAUGGACCCCAGUCUGUUGAUAACAGUGUUGACCAGCAGGUCCUGCACCAUCAAACACAUCUGGACUACGUAUUUAUGAUGUUGGAGGAAAACAUUUUCAGUUUUGUGAAGAAUGAGCUGAAAAAGAUCCAGAACAUUCUGAGUCCAGGUUACCCCAAAAAUGCAGAGAAUCUGAAGGAAAAUGAGGAGGUGUUGGAAUCUGACGAGGAGGAGAGGAAGAGUACCAGCGAGUCAUUUCUGAGAAUUACAGUGGAUUUCCUGAAGCGAAUGAAGCAGCAAGAGUUGGCUGACCGUCUGCAGUUCAGAAUUCAGACUGCAAAGUGCCAGCGUCAAGUCAAGGCUAACCUAAAGAACAGGUUCCAGUGUGUUUUUGAGGGAAUUGCUAAAGCAGGAAAUGCAACUCUUCUGAAUCAGAUCUACACAGAGCUCUACAUCACAGAGGGAGGGACUGCACAGGUUAAUAAUGAACAUGAGGUCAGACAGAUCGAAACAGCAUCCAGGAAAUCAGACAGACCAGAAACAACAAUCAGACAAGAAGACAUCUUUAAAAUCUCACCUGUUAAAGAUAAGCCAAUCAGAACAGUGCUGACAAGUGGAGUGGCUGGAAUUGGGAAAACAGUCCUAACACAGAAGUUCACUUUGGACUGGGCUGAAGACAAAUCCAACCAGGACAUCCAGUUCAUGUUUCCAUUCACUUUCAGAGAGCUGAAUGUGCUGAAAGAGAAAAAGUUCAGCUUGGUGGAACUUGUUCAUCACUUCUUUCCUGAAUCCAAAGAAGAAGAUAGCGGCAGCUUUGAAGACUUCCAGGUUUUGUUCAUCUUUGAUGGUCUGGAUGAGUGUCGACUUCCUCUGGACUUCCACAAAACUGAGACCCUGACUGAUGUUACAGAGUCCACCUCAGUGGAUGUGCUGCUGAUAAACCUCAUCAGGAGGAACCUGCUUCCUUCUGCACGCAUCUGGAUAACCACAAGACCAGCAGCAGCCAGUCAGAUCCCUCCUGACUGUGUUGACAUGGUGACAGAGGUCAGAGGAUUCACUGACCCACAGAAGGAGGAGUACUUUAGGAAGAGAUUCAGAGAUGAAGAAAAAUCAAACAGGAUCAUCUCCCACAUCAAGACAUCACGAAGCCUGCAUAUCAUGUGCCACAUCCCAGUCUUCUGCUGGAUCACUGCUACAGUUCUUGAGGAUGUGCUAAAAACCAGAGAGGGAGGACAGCUACCCAAGACCCUGACUGAGAUGUACAUCCACUUCCUGGUGGUUCAGGCCAAAGUGAAUAAUGUGAAGUAUGAAGAAGGAGCUGAAACAGAUCCACACUGGAAUAAAAAGAGUCGGAAGAUGAUCAAGUCUCUAGGGAAAAUGGCUUUUGAUCAGCUGCAGAAAGGAAACCUGAUCUUCUAUGAAUCAGACCUGAUAGAGUGUGGCAUCAAUAUCACGGCAGCCUCAGUGUACUCAGGAGUGUUCACACAGAUCUUUAAAGAGGAGAGAGGACUGUACCAGGACAAGGUGUUCUGCUUCAUCCAUCUGAGUGUUCAGGAGUUUCUGGCUGCUCUUCAUGUCCAUCUGACCUUCAUCAACUCUGGAGUCAACCUGCUGAGAGAACAACAAACAACAUCUCUGCUGUCUAAAGUAAGACCCAAAUCUAAACUCAAACAUCUCCAUGAGAGUGCUGUGGACAAAGCCCUAAAGAGUCCAAAAGGUCACCUGGACUUGCUCCUGCGCUUCCUCCUGGGUCUUUCCCUGCAAACAAAUCAGACUCUUUUACAGGGUCUACUGAGACAGACAGGAAGUAGCUCACAAACCAAUCAGGAAACAGCCCAAUACAUCAAGAAGAUCAGUGAGAAUCUGUCUGCAGAGAAAAGCAUCAAUCUGUUCCACUGUCUCAAUGAGCUGAAUGAUCAUUCUCUAGUGGAGGAGAUCCAAAAGUCCCUGAGUUCAGGACGUCUCCCCACAGAAAAAUUGUCUCCUUCUCAGUGGUCAGCUCUGGUCUUCAUCUUAUUGUCUUCUGAAAAAGAACUUGAAGUGUUUGAUCUGAAGAAAUACUCUGCUUCAGAUGAGGCUCUUGUAAAUCUCCUGCCAGUCAUCAAAGCUUCCAACAGAGCUCUGCUCAACAGAUGCAACCUUUCAGAGAGAAGCUGUGAAACUCUAUCUUCAGUUUUUAGCUCUCAGCCUUCUGGUCUCAGAGAGUUGGACCUAAGUAACAACAACCUGAAGGAUUCCGGAUUGAAGCCGCUAUCUGAUGGACUGCAGAGUCUUCACUGCAAACUAGAAACACUCCGUUUGUCAGGUUGUCAGGUCACAAAUGAAGGCUGUGGUUGUUUAGCUUCAGCUAUUAGCUCCAAUCAUUCUCAUCUACGAAAUCUGGACCUGAGCAACAACAAUCUGCUGGAUUUAGGAGUCAAGCUGCUUUCCGCUGGACUAAAAAGUCCACACUGUAAAAUGGAAACUCUGAGUCUAUCAGGUUGUCUGGUAACAGACGAAGGGUUUGCUUCUCUGGCCUCAGCUCUUAGUUCUAACCCGUCUCACCUGAGAGAGCUGGAUCUGAGUUACAAUCAUCCAGGACACUUAGGAGUGGAACAGCUAUGGGCUGGAGUAAAGGAUUCACACUGGAGACUUGAUGUUCUCAGGGUGGAGCAUGGUGGAGCACACAGGUUGAAACCUGAUGUUAGGAAGUAUUUCUUUGAACUUGAACUGGACACAAACUCAGUAAACAGGAAGCUCAAACUUGCUAACAACAACAGGAAGGUGAUAGUGGGAGCGGAACAGUCGUAUCCUGAUCAUCCAGACAGAUUUGAUACCUGCUCUCAGCUGCUGUGUAGAAAUGCUCUAACUGGUCGCUGUUACUGGGAGGUCGAGUGGAGUGGGGGGGUCUUUAUAGCAGUAAGUUACAGAGGAAUCAGUAGAAAAGCAGAUAGGACCGACUGCAGGUUUGGCUGGAAUGAUCAGUCCUGGAGUCUGAGCUGCUCUGAUGGUGGUUACUCUGUGUGGCACAAUAACCGGGAAACAUCCAUCUCCUCCUCCCUCAUCAAGAGCAGAGUAGGGGUGUAUGUGGACUGUCCUGCUGGCACUCUGUCUUUCUAUACAGUCUCCUCUGACACUCUGAUUCACCUCCACACCUUCAGCACCACAUUCACUGAAAGUUUGUACGCUGGGUUUAGACUUAGGUCAUAUGACUCCUCAGUGUCUCUGUGUUCUGUGUAA